UCCACACAUACCAACAAUUGCUUCCAUUGAAAAAACGAUAAAACAUUCAGCAACUUGUGAUGGUACUUCAGCAAGAUCUUCAGUAUCUCAAAACAGUGCCAACCCACUUGUCCCAAACUACAUGUUUACAACUGGAGUAGAUGAGCAUGGAUCAACUUCCAGUGACCAACUUGUGGCUAGAGUCGAUGCUUAUAAUGCAGGAAUUCACAUUCAGUCAACUACAAGUGCCCCUACUGAUUCGUCCUGUGAUGAUGUUGAUUCUGUGGAACUAGACGCAGUUGCUUUCGAUGCCGUCUCCAUUCCAAACCUGCCAAUGGCUAAUUCUUUCGAGCCUGAUCAAGUGGGUACAACACAAACAAAUUCGAAUAUUGAUAAAACUAUUUGUUUUCUUAUUUUCUUGCAAUUCGAAACAUCUGUCAAUAUAUUUAUAUAUUUUAUAUAG